UUGAACUUCUAGUGCCACAACAAAAACCUGCAGCGUUCAGGACGCGUUUUUACUCCAUGUCUGUUUAGUAUUAUUCUAUUUAAUCAGUCAAAGUAAAGUUACCUUCACUGGGAAAUGGCUGGUUUACCUCCCGGAGACCCGCAGCUGGUCUCAAUGAUCGUCAAUCAUUUAAAAACACAGGGACUCUUCGACCAGUUCAGGAGGGACUGUUUGGCAGACGUUGAUACGAAGCCAGCUUACUUGAACCUGAAACAAAGAGUGGACAACUUUGUCUCUAAUCACCUCUCUAAUCACACAUGGAGCCCACAUUUGAACAAAAACCAGCUGAGGAACAACAUCAGACAGCUUGUGCUACAAUCUGGCAUGCUGGAACAGGGAGUGGACAGGAUCGUUGCCCAGGUGGUGGAUCCCAAAGUCAACCAUAUCUUCAGGCCACAAGUGGAGAGGGUGGUCAGAGAAUUUCUGUCACCUGGCAGCUCUUCUGAGGAGCCGCCAGCCCCACCGCCGCCAACAGAGAUCAAACCAGACAGCAGCAUUCCUGAGCAGGCGUCGACAUCUGCUCCAACUACCACUGCAGCCAGUGAUGCCAUGUCCAUCCUGGAUACGAUAACUUCGCUCAAUCAGGAGGCGAGUGUCAGAGCCAGCUCAGGCACAGAGAAAGGUCGUAAAGGUCAAGCUUCAGAUGAGCCCAUGCAGCUUGUGGAGGAGAGUGAUCAGGAAAUGAGUAUUGUGGAGGAAGAAGAUGGAGACCAUGAAGGAAAAGCUGUGGAAGAGGCAGAGGAAAUGAAGGAAGCAUCAGAGAUUUCAAUGUUAGAAGUGAAGACAGAGGACACUCAGGAGCAGAUGGAUUUGGAUAGAGAGGAGGGGUUAUUAGAAGACGUGAAGAUGGAGGAUGAGGAGUCAGAAGCUCAGGAGCAGAAAAAGGAGGACAGAGACUACGUCAUCAGCCGAUUCACUGGAAAACCCUCAGAAGAGAAACAGGACGAUGAGCUCCUGAAUUCUACAAGUCAAGCCAAGCAAAAGGCCAAAGAGAGGAUAAAGGAAGAAUACUCUCUGGAGGACUCUGAUCUGGAGGGUCUGAGUGACAUCACAGUGAGCUCCGUCCACACCAGCGACUUGUCCUCAUUUGAGGAGGAAAGUGAAGAUGACGAGCUGAUGUCUGACUCGUCUGAAGAAGGGGAGCUUCCACCUGAUGGUGAAGAGGCAGAACAGAACGACACCACUGAAGAUGCAGGAGGAGAGGAGCACAAGCCUCGCCGCAAAGCUUAUGUUCACAAGCCCUUCCUCUACUCUCGUUACUAUAGUGACUCGGAUGAUGAAAUCACCGUGGAGGAACGUCGCAGAAAUGCUGCAAAGGACAAAGAAGAAAGGCUGCUCAAGAGACAGCAGAACAGAGAACGAAUGGAGGAAAAGCGUAAACAGAAAGCAGUGCAGGCUGAGGAACAAGAAUACAAAAAACAAAAGGGUGGAAGCUCUGCUGGGCCAGAGCGUCCCCGGGCCAAAGAAGCUCGUAAAGAGAGGAAAGUACUGGAGAAGAAAAUGGCUCUCAACAGGAAGAGGAAACUAGACUCAAGAAAAGAGGGAGAUGUUGCAAGCAAGAAGAAAGGAGACACAGGAGGAGAAGGAUCCAAAAGAAUGGAAGUGAAAUCUGCUACCUCCAAGACCCCACAGCCAAAAUUGAUUAGGAAUCUGUCAGAGUCGGCAUCAUCUGAUGAGAGGCACAGAAGGACAAGUGGCAGCGUCUCGGAAGAUUCCAGUGAAACCAAGAAGCUGUCUGACAAAAGCCGGACACACUCCUUCAUCCUGGAGUUGGAGCAAGGCUCCCAGGAGGCUCUCAAACAACGUUCGGUUGGAAAAUUUGAUCGCCUGUCCCGUAAAGAACUUUACUCUAAAGAACGCAAAGAGAAGGAGCGCAGCCUGUCAGAUGAACGUGCCAAACUGAAACAAAAGCAGGAAAAGAAAUCUGAACAUUCGACAGAGGAAUCUCAGCAGAAGGAUGGCGUUAAAUUGGCAACUGAAGAAAAAGCUGAGAAGAAACCCAAGAUUAAAAGUGACAAGAAAAUGACAGGAAACUCAAAAGAAGGGAAGUCAUCUGAAGGUGUAGCUGAUGAGGGUCCUAAAGAGGCAAAGAAGGUUAAAGCACCAUCCACUGAGGCUGUGAAAGUAGAGAAAGACAAGGACAAACAGAAGGAAAAAAUGAAGGAAAAGGACAAAGACAGGAGCAAAGAAAGAGAAAAGGCAAAAGGAGAGAAAACCUCAGCAAAAAGUGAUUUCAAGCAGCUGCUUCGACCCGAGUCGGCCGGUUCUUCUGAGGAUCGGUCUGACAUGGAGCCUGGACCAGACGGCAGCAAGAAGAAGGAGAAACACUCCAAGGAUAUCCUGAAAAGAUCAAAGAGCUGCCCUGAGGAAAGGCAAGGAGAAAAGCCCAAAUCUACAACUGAAGGUAAAGAUAGUGAAAAGGACAAGAUUAAACUCGAUCAAGACAGCCAGAAGUCAAACAAGCCUAGCUCCGAGACAGACAAAGAUCCAAAAAGAGUCAAACCAACAGAGAAAGGAAAACUCUUGGAAAAAUCCAAAUCUAAAGUUGAAUCAAAGACUCCGUUAAAGACUGAUAAGAAAAUUCAAAGUUUAGAAGUCAAAAGUGCAUCGGGCGCAGCUACCAGCAAACCUGAGACAACAAAAGAUAGGAAAAAAGAGGGAACUGCAAAGGAACAACGGAAAACCUCUGAACAACCGUCACAUGAAAGAUCGGAAAAUAAGAGUGCAAAGAAAAAAGUGGAGAAGAAAGAUAAAGUCUCAGAAAAGAAAGCUGAUGCCCAAGAAGAGAAGAAAGCACCCGUAGAAGAAAACCUAGAAAACGUUGACAAAUCGGAAGCAAAGACUUUUGUUUCCGCCAUGAGUCUUGAGACUGAAGAGCCACUUAAGAAACAAUUUCUUCUCCCAGACACAAGCACAGACUCUGAGCCCGUCACCACCACCGUCACCACGUCGUUCUCAGACGACACCUGCGAUGCUUUAAGUGACAUCACCCCCGAACCACCUGAAGGAGAAACAGAGUCACGGCUCAGUGAUUUGCCCUCUGUGCCGGCUGAGGCCGAUGCUCUGCUGACUCUCAUGGAUGUUUGUACCUCGGCAGAGAUGAGGCUUCCAACAGAGCGCGUCCAAGAGGAGGUGACUGCGGAGAUGGCAUUUGAGGAAGCUGAUAUGAAAAUGAAAGAGGCAGCUCUGACUCUGCUCUCCAUGGAUCCGGACAGCACAAUGUCCUCCAGGUUGAUAAGUCAUUGUUCAAGGGAAGAACAAGAGGUGAAUCUGCCCGUCCCACAACCGAUGGAAAUGGCUGCAGCUAAGGAGGAAGAGCGGCCUUCCCCUGAAACUGAGGUCGCAGCCACUGAGAUGUCGUCGACUCCAUCUCAACAGACAGCUGAGUUCAUGGAGGAAACACCAAACAGUGCAGAAGAGUUGGAAGAGAAAGAAAUGGACAUGUCAAAUGUUGAAACCUCUCAGGCGGUUCCUCCACAGGGUGACAACACGACCUCUAAUGAUUGUCAGGCAUCAUCGAACGAGGAUGAAACUAACGCUGCUGAAAUGACUCCUGAUACACAGUCACAGGAUAAAAUGGCAUCACCAGCAAUUAAUAAAGAAGCUGCUGCUGAUGUUAUUGCGUCAGAAACAGAAGAAGUCAGAGAAAACAUGGCUUCUGUUGUUUGCGAUGCCUCUGAACAAGACUCUGAAAUGUGCAGUAAACAAGAUGAAAGUGAGCCGGAUCUUCCAGUCACAAACAUAAGCUUAGAGCAGGAUGACUCGGUGGAGUCGGUCACUGAGGAGAACCAGUCCGCGACGGCUGUAAAUGAGGAUGAAUCUGAGAAAAAGACACAGGAGGAAGACAGUGUUGCAGCUGAGAAAAGUGAUGUCCAGCCUAUGGAAACCAACGUUCCAGAGGUGUCGGAGGAGGAGGUCAGAGAAGGUGAAGCCGAGUGUCAGCCCAAACUUGUCAAACAAAUCAGUAACAUCUCCAGCACAGACAGCCAGGAAGAAGAGAAAGGAUCAGACCUGUCAGAAAAGGAAGAGAAGACGGAGGGAAGAGGAAGACGGAAAAGAAAACUGUCCACUCAGAAAGUUACAGCUGUGAAAGAAUCUGGUGACGAGAGAGAUGAAAACGAAAGUAUGGAGCAGUCGUCUGUCGAGGAGAAGGUUGUAGACGUGAAAACACCUCGCAGGGGAAGAUCAUCUAGAUUAACCGAGGAGACGGAGAAGGACCAUUCCAAGGAGCCUGAGAAGACUGAGGAGACACCGAGCCGCAGGAGACGACGUUCAGAAGCUGCAACCAAAGAAACCACUGCUGAUGAGAAGAAAGAUGAGGACAAUGCUGAUCAAACCUCUUCAGACAAACCAGCAGAGGAGGAAGAGAAAACUGAGGAAGAAAAUGCACCAGAGACCCAUGAAGAUUCAGAGAACUCCACUGACAUACGUAAAUCAGCAGUAAAGAGAAAAAUGUCAGAGGAAAUGGAGGAAACUGUUGAGGUGACCCAGGUCGAAAAAGAGACAGAGGAGGAAAACGGUCAGCAAGAAGAGGAAAUCAGUCAACAAGAGGAGGAAAUCAGUCAGCAAGAAGAGGAAAUCAGUCAGCAAGAGGAGGAAAAGGGUCAGCAAGAGGAGGAAAAGGGUCAGCAAGAAGAGGAAAUCAGUCAGCUAGAAGAGGAAAUCAGUCAGCAAGAGGAGGAAAAGGGUCAGCUAGAAGAGGAAAACAGUCAACAAGAGGAGGAAAUCUGUCAGCAAGAGGAGGAAAACGGUCAGCAGGCACAAACUGAGCAGCAGUCUGAAAAAGACAGUGGUGGUUCUCUGUCAUUGAGCCAGUCAGAGGAACAAGAGGAAGUUAAAGAGGAGAGCAGCAGUGAGAAGAAACCAGACGAUGCUGAGGAGGAGGAGGAGCAGCAGGAGGACCAGGACAUGACUCCAAAGAGAAAGAGAGGGCGGCCUUCAAAGGCAGCAGCAGCCACUGAUGAUUCAGAUAAAAAAGACAAAAAAGCUGAAGACAAAGAAAGUGAGCCAAAUGACGAAGAGGAGGAGGAGGAGGACGGAGAGGAAGGAAAAGGAACUGCGACCAGAGCGACCACGCGGUUAGCGUCACGCCUGGAGGCUGAAAGAAACAAGCCAAGUAAACCAUCCACCCGGGCAAGUCGACAGAGCGGUAAAGACGAGACCGCAGCUGGCACGCGCGGGACGAGGGGCCAGGCAGUGGCGGCGAAGGGGGGUCGUAAACGAGAGGCCAGCCCCCCUGCGGUGCGAACCCGGGGAGGACAGAAAUCGGAGGAGCCCCCGUCCAAGAGAGCUAAACGCUGAAACCUGCGACAGCAGCGGACAGUGUGUGUGUGUGUGUGUGUGUUUUUCCCUUCUUCUUCUACAUAUCCAAGUCAGUUUUGUUGUUGAGGGUUAGAGAAGCUUUGCAGUGAGUUAGCACGUAAAGCUGUUUGUGCUUCAUAGUUAAAAAAAAGCUCUGGAUAGUAUUAUACUCUCACUCUCUCUCCCUCUCUUCUGAUGGUGGAGUGUAAACCUGAGGAUCUGUGUAGAAAUCCCCCAGAAUACUUUCUACCGCACUACGCCCAUAUGGUUUGGAUCAGCCUUCGUCAUUCCUGCGUUUAUUCAGUAAAGCCCAGUAAACCAGAGUAUUUCGGGCCAAUCAAAGGCCUAAUGUGCAGCCCAGACCAGCUUUGAGAUGAAGAGGAUGAAUUGAAAUUGGCCGUCAAGUCAGUCAGAGACUUUAACGUCACCUUUAGUCAUUUUUUAUCGUUUUUGAUUCGCAAGUCCAAACAUGUUUAGAUGUAGAAAUCAUCGUGAAUCAUCCUGGAUUCAUUAUGAGUUUUAUUAUUUAAUAUUCAUUCUGUGAAUGAACAAAUUUUCCUUCCUUAUUUUUUAUGUUUUUUUUUUUUAUAUACGUAUACUGUUCCAGUGGGUUAAAGGUUUGUAUUUCUCUGUAAUAACAGUAGUGCUAGUCACUGAAAACACGAGCAGUUUCUGAAUAACUUGGGUCUUUUUUCAUGACAUAUUUACACCCACAGAUUUCUUUUUUACUCUUGUAGAAUUGAGUAGAUGUGCAGAAUAAUCCUGUCAGUGUAAAGACACUUCAUAAAUGUGAAUAUCUUUCCCCCCCACCCCCCGUUCUUUCAAGAAGGUAUAAAUCACUUUAGAUUCUUA